CAUUGCUUAGUAAUAGGUCGAUCAUUCUACAUUGUGCUUUCGAGACUGUUAGAGAUGUGCUGAUUCGUAAUAGUGCUUUAACAACAUUGUUUCCGUGCGUGGUGAAAGAUGGCUUCAGCAUUUUUCACGCUCCUCACAGGACUGUUCUUGCUAUUGUGCUUUUAUUUCUAUUUGAGAUACAACCAUUGGAAGAGAAAUGGAAUUCCAACUGCCAAAGGAUAUGUUCCAAUCCUGGGCCAUUUGUUACCCGUAGCAAUGAAAAGAAUACAUUUUGUCGAAUUUAUUCGAAAAGUAUAUAACGAGCACAAAGAUUACAGCAUGGUCGGAAUAUACAACGGAACAAUGCCAUCGCUAAUUCUUCGAGAGCCUAAUUUAGUAAAAACCGUGCUGCAAAGUAAUUUCUCGAGCUUCCACGAAAAUGCAUUCAAAGUCGAUCCAAAUAUGGAUCCCCUUUCGGCUAAAGAUCCGUUUUUCUCCACUGGAAACGCAUGGCUGAACGGAAGAAAACGUCUAACCUACGCGUUUACUAACGUCAGAUUGAAGGUUCUUUUGGUAGCCGUCAACGGGGUCUGUAAGAAAUUCGAAGAUUUCUUGAACAGACAACUAGAAACGAAGAACAAGUACGAAGUCGAAUUGAAACUGUUAUUCUUAAGAUUCACUGGUGAAGUUGUAGCGAACGCUGGUUUAGGCAUCGAAGGUCACUGUUUCGAAGAUGAAACAACUCCCAGUGCCUUCGAUCAGCUUACUGGGAACACGUUAGGGGUAUCGCUAACAACUUUAGUCUGGCAAUACUUUCCCGCUAUUGGUCGUCCCUUGAAGCUCAAAUUAGUUCCAAAAGAAAUAGACCAGUUUUUUAGAAAAGUUGUUGCAGAAAAUUUAGAAAUCAGACGAAGGGAGCCGAUAUACAGGAAUGACUUCCUUCAGUUAAUGAUCGACAUGGGAAAAACAGGGGAGAAAGUCGACGAAGAGGUUAUAACGGCUCAUGCAUUUUCCCUCUACCUUAAUGGAACCGAGACGUCCAGUCUUACCUUGAGUUACGUUGGAUAUGACUUGGCUGCUCGUCCAGAGAUUCAAGAA